AUGUGUCGAAAGAUCACCAAAGUCGUUUAUGGCAUACCACUCCCAGCAAUCUCACUACUUCACGCAGCUUCCACCCUAGAAGAAACAAGCGAAUCGGCAACAAUCGUGAGAGCCCAAAGAGGGAAAUCCUGGCUACCUACGGAAAUACUCGAACUGAUUGCCUAUCAUCUGGUGGCUGGUCGUGGAGCCAUCUCCAAAUCUAAAUGGAAAGCAGGACUCACUACCGCCUCACAUCCUUGUCGCGAGCCAUGUGAAUGGUGUUUCCUACUGCGUAUUGAUGAUUUAAUCGAAGCGUCCACCUCUGAUGAGGACAAUCGUAUCCAAAACUUGAACAAAUUUCUUUCCGGCCCCGAGUUCAAAUUCGAACUUGCAAGUAAAACACCCAUUCACACUACGAUUGCUGAAAUAGAGAGCGCUGAAGGACUGGAGAAUAGUGCAUCCAAAUGCGAAGAACGUAUUGGGGAGCCUGUUUGGGUUGUUUGUCUGAAAACGGCCGCUCAAGAAACAUCAAACAUCAACAUCGCAGACUUCACGUCCACACAAGUGGCUGAUAUAGACUUUUCGGACUGUCCAGUUGACAUGAUUGAAGGCCCAGCCACGUUCAUCGAGCCUGCUUCGUUCAAACCUUCAUCACCUCACGAGGAAAAUGAAGAAUGUACGAUUCGGUUGAAGCAGCUUUUGGAAGCUUGUGAUAAAUGUGCAACAUCCAACAACCUCAACUCCAUCAACUUCGAUAACUCCAAUCUUUUCGAUCUGUUUGCAAGUCACCCUCAGGCUCCAUGCACACCCACGUUUAUGAGACCAUCCAAGAAGUUUGAACUUAUCUUCGAACACUUAAUUUUGCACAGCCAUGAAUCAUACAGUCCAUCUCGUCAGAGUGUCCCUCUGUAUCUCGAAUUUACUCUUCACUUUAAUACUACUUGGACAUUUGGACUAUGUUUUGAAAUUUUGUUUCAGAUUUAA